AUGAAGGAGGAACACGGGCCCACCAUCGCAGCGCUCUCCAUGCUGCAGCUGCCACAACUGCCGGGAUCCUGGUUUUACGAGGUUGGCGGCUCGGACGACUCGUCGACCUCUCCUUCGCAAACGGGUGAUGACGACUUGGCGGCGGCAUUCGGAAACGGGAUGAAGUCUAUGCUGAACGCCCGCACCAUCACCGAGACCGUCGAAGUCCCCAGCAGCGAGCAUGUCGCCGAGAUUGUGGGCCGUCAGGGAUGCAAGAUCAAGGCGCUGCGGGCGAAGACCAACACCUAUAUCAAAACACCAGUGCGCGGCGAGGAGCCAGUGUUCAUGAUCACUGGUCGCUCAGAAGAUGUGAUCGAGGCGAAACGAGAGAUCGAAUGCGCCGCCGAGCACUUUACCCAGAUCCGCGCCAGUCGACGUCACUCACAAGGCGGUGCACCCGCUCCUGGCCACGUCACAGCAUACGUCCGUGUCCCUCUUCGAGUCGUCGGUCUGGUAGUGGGUCCGAAGGGAGCCACCAUCAAGCGCAUUCAACAAGACACCCACACCUACAUCAUCACACCCAGCCGUGAACGAGAGCCGAUUUUUGAGGUUACCGGCCUGCCACAAAAUGUUGAGGCUGCCCGCAAGGAGAUUGAGCAGCACAUUUAUCAGCGCACUGGCAACAUGCCAAUCACCGACCCCCAUGCUCCACUCUCCAACUACAAUGAGCUUCAGAAUACCACCAACCCAUCGAUCGGCUACUCGUCUCUGUCAGCUGCCGCCUCUGUCGCCGCCCGGUCAAGCUACGGUAGCCUGGCCGCCACAUCGGCCCUACGCCGUCAGGAAAUCAAUUCCCACGACUUCAGCCGACAGCAACAGCAGCAGGAGUAUUUCGGGAAUCGCAGCAUGAUGCCAAUGAUGAUGCCACAGAACCCGCAUUCACAACAACUCUCUGUCGCCAUCGGGCCUUACGGUCCCAACAAGAUGUUGGGUGCCUCCUCGCCGUUUUCCGCAGCUCCCCAGCCCCCGAACAUGCAAUCCGCCCUCGGCAACAACACCUUUGGUGGCAACGCAUCGCAGCAAUACCGUCAGUGGAGCAGCGCCUAUUUUGACUCCGAAAACCAGGCUCCUGGCCUUUUCGGCCAAAACAUUGGCUCGGUGCAGCAGGCUCUUGGCAGUCUCUCCCUAUCGACGAACGGAUACAAGACCCGUCCCACCUGGCCCCCUGUCGCCGCAAACAUGACCAACGAAGAGCCGCUGCCCUCCUUCGUCACCCAGCGCGACGAGGGACUCGGUGAUUCGCCCCCAAGCCUCUCCGUCGACUCUUAUCAUCUGAUGUCGUCGAUCUGGUCCGAAUUGGACACGCCCAAGGAAUACCCGAUGGCCAGCCGUUGCUCCGGACUUGCCGCCGCUGCGGCCCCGUUCGAUGCUCACACCGCCUACUCCUCGGGCAUCUCGCAA